UCUACUCAGGUCUAUCCUCUUUGAUCGAACGCUUCUUGAGUUCAACAAUGUGACAUAACCUUCACUGCACUCAAACACAAAAUUACUUACAAAUAAUAUGUCCAAUUUAUGUUGUCAACUGUUAAGGAUGCACUCCAAACGACUAAUACGAUAUUCUCAACCGGUUCGACAUAAAGUAGGGCAAGGAGCUUAUGAAGGUGAAGGGAAAACUACAGUGACGAUCCUGAAUAGAGAUGCUGAUUAUGGACUAAUGAUUGACAAAAUUUCAAUGCAAGGAUUCAAAUUAAAUCUUGGUGUAAGUAUUAUGGGCCCAAUGAUAAUUUUCCCAAGGACCGUGAUUGGGUGGAAUAUUACGACAGUAGAGGAUAUCAACGAAAAUUCAAUGACACUUUUCAAAGUCUUAGACCCAAAGCCAGAUAUUAUGCUCCUAGGCCUAAACAAACCAUAUCCGAGAGAAACGAAAUUCAUAAAAGACUUCCAGAGCAUCCUACAAGGUCUUGAUAUUAGACACGAAAUUCUCUCCGUAGAGAAAGCUUGCACGACGUUCAAUUUCUUAAAUGCUGAGAGAAGGUACGCUGUAGCUGCACUUCUACCUCCGGAUAAUCUUGAUGAUUUGGACAUGGACAGUAUCAAUGAUAUGGCAUUACGAAGAACACUUUAUGAAGGUUGGCAAAUACCCAAAGAUCCCAGGUUCGAGAACCCGAAUACACUGGAGGAAUUUUACUUCCCUAGUGAAGAAACAAAGAAGAUGUUUGCGGAAGUAAAGAAAAGAAGAGCAAAAAGAGCAGCUAAGAAAAAGGAAAAAGAUUUGGAAGAUGAUUUGUAAAUAAAUUAUGUAAUAUAAAUGAUAAUAUUUAACAUCUGGUAUAACA